UACUAAAUCUCACAAAAAUGAACCUUCCAUGCCCAAACCCUGUUCCAAAGCUACCAUUUUCGCACAGGCUGCAUCGUAUAGAAAGUUUGGGACUGCAAGGCGGAGGUAAUAUUUUAUUGGUAACCGCGGCGCACAACGGCUGAUCCAAAUGGGUGGCUGAUAUUAUUUCCUCCACGUCAGCGGUUCGAGUCUUCCUCGUGUUAAGCUGUGUCUCACACUAUCCUAUCAUCUGCGGUGCGAGUGGAGCAAAGGAAGUGUGCAUACAGAGAUGGGCAACACGUCAAGUAUGCUUACUCAGUAUGACAUCGAGGAGGUCCAAGAGCACUGCAAUAACAUGUUUUCACAGCAAGAAAUAGUUUCCCUCUAUGAACGCUUUUGUGCUCUAGAUCGAAAUGGGACGGGUUUUAUAUCAGCAGACGAGUUUUUAUCUGUGCCAGAGUUUGCAGUGAAUCCACUUUCUAAGAGGUUGUUGAGAAUGCUUGAUGGCUUAAACUUCAAAGAUUUUAUAUCCUUUUUGUCACCUUUUAGCUCGAAAGCUAAUCUGCUUCAAAAAAUUGAAUUCAUCUACAAGGUUUAUGAUUCAGACGGCAAUGGAAAAGUGACACUUCGUGAUUUACUAGAAGUCUUGCAGGACUUGACUGGCUCUUUUAUUUCUGAAGAGCAGCGCCAGCAAGUUGUGGGUCAAGUUUUGGAGGAAGCAGGGUAUUCAAAAGAUUGCACUUUGACGAUAGAUGAUUUUGUGAAGAUUCUUGGAAAGUCUGGACUGAAGAUGGAAGUUGAAGUCCCGGUAGAUUGAAGCUCGUUGCUACAUUUCUGCAAAUGUCUGGAAUGAAGAUGGAAGUUGAAGUCCCAGUAGAUAUUCAGCAUUUUACUACAUUUCUGUACACAAGAUUCAUUCUCAGCAUCUAUUACAAUUUGUUUUUUUUAACAGCUAAACUUCGGUGUUUCUGGAAAAAAAAUUUCAAGCAGUUUUCAACACAGCUUUGAUAUAUAUCCAUAUUAAAGCUUCUCUUACCACACGUGGUCGAAAGUGUGAGUCCGCUAUCUUAAAUACUAGAAAUUUAUUAUAAUGCAGAAAACAGUAUUGUCUUCAACUCUCAAAAUCAUAGGAAGCUUUGUUUGCAUGUUAUGUGCCAAGAAGCAUGGUAUUUCAAAAAAUUAGAAUGUUGUGCAAAUGGAGGCUAUAAGAUCUUCAAUCUUUCAAAGAAGAUGUUUUUCA